AUGGCAGACCGCGGCGUGGAUUUGUCCGCCCUGCCAAAAGAGGUUAGAGACCAACUGGCGGAGUUGGAUCUGGAGCUGUCUGAAGGUGACAUCACACAGAAGGGCUAUGAGAAGAAACGAGCCAAGCUGCUGGCCUCCUACAUCCCCCAGUUGCCAAAUGUGGAUCUGUCUCUGCCGGAUGUACAGCAGUCCCCAGGCCACAGUGCUGACCCCAGCCCAAGUCCAGAGGCCCCGGGCCCCUCCACGUCUUCAGCCUCCAGACAUCACCGUGCACACCGCAGUGGAGGGGCCAGGGAUGAGCGCUACAGAUCAGACAUCCACACAGAGGCUGUGCAGGCAGCGCUGGCAAAGCACAAAGAAGAGAAGAUGGCACUGCCAAUGCCAACCAAGAGGCGCUCGGCCUUCGUCCAGUCUCCUAUAGACACCUGCACACCUCCAGAUACAUCUUCCGCAUCAGAGGAUGAAGGCUCUCUGCGUAGAAAGGCUGCUCUCAGUGCAGUACUGGCCCAGAGCCUCCAGAGCCCCGAGUACUGGAUCAACCGUUCCGUCCAAAGCUCCUCCACAUCCUCAUCUGCUUCCUCCACCCUCUCCCAUGGAGAGCCCAAGACCCAGCCCCAGCCCCAGCUGCAACCUGCUGCUUCUGUGCUAGCCGACGUACUGGCUCACACACGAAUAGAAAACAGUGUCCCUCCAGAUGUGACCUCCUCCACUCCACAGGAGAGGGGGUCCAGAGUGGACCUGCCUCCUGCAGUCCGGGGCAUGAGCCGUGGACAGAGCCGCUCCAGCAUGUUGGACACUGCAGACGGAAAAAGAAAAGGCGUGCCAGUCAACAGCAGGGUGUCCACUAAGAUCCAGCAGCUGUUGAACACACUCAAACGACCCAAAAGACCACCACUCAGCGAAUUCUUCCUUGAUGACUCAGAGGAAAUAGUAGAAGUUCCCCAGCCAGACCCCAACACCCCGAAGCCUGAGGGACGUCAGAUCAUCCCAGUAAAAGGAGAACCCCUCGGAGUGGUCAGUAACUGGCCCCCUGCCCUACAGGCCGCCCUGGCCCGCUGGGGUGCCACCCAGGCUAAAAGCCCUGCCUUAACAGCUCUGGAUAUCACCGGAAAACCUCUCUAUACUCUCACAUAUGGUAAACUAUGGAGCCGUAGUCUGAAGCUGGCUUACACCCUGCUCAAUAAACUUGGCACAAAGACUGAGCCUGUGCUGCAACCUGGAGAUCGGGUGGCUCUGGUUUACCCAAACAGUGACCCUGGCAUGUUCUGGGUGGCUUUCUAUGGCUGCCUGUUGGCCGAGGUCAUCCCUGUGCCCAUUGAGGUGCCGCUGUCAAGACAGGAUGCAGGCAGCCAGCAGAUUGGUUUCCUGCUGGGCAGCUGUGGUGUUAGUCUGGCACUGACCAGCGAAGUGUGUCUCAAAGGGCUCCCCAAGACACCGAACGGAGAGAUCAUCCAGUUCAAAGGAUGGCCCAGGAUGAAAUGGGUGGUGACAGACACCAAGUACCUGACCAAACCCUCCAAAGACUGGCAGCCUCACAUCCCCACAGCCAACACAGACACUGCCUACAUAGAGUACAAAGCGAGUAAGGAGGGGACAGUGAUGGGAGUCGCUGUGUCAAAGAUCUCUAUGCUGACCCACUGUCAAGCCCUCACCCAGGCCUGUAACUACUGUGAAGGGGAGACGCUGGUCAAUGUGUUGGACUGCAAGAAAGAUAUGGGCAUGUGGCACGGUGUCUUAACGAGUGUCAUGAACAGAAUCCACACCAUCACUGUGCCAUAUGCUGUUAUGAAGGCCUGUCCUAUGUCCUGGGUGCAAAGAGUCCACAUUCACAAAGCUCGUGUGGCCUUGGUGAAGUGCCGUGACCUCCACUGGGCCAUGAUGGCCCACAAGGACCAAAAGGACACCAAUCUAUCCUCCAUACGUAUGCUGAUAGUGGCCGACGGAGCAAAUCCAUGGUCUGUGUCGUCGUGUGAUGCCUUCCUGAAUGUGUUCCAGUCUCAUGGUCUGAAGCCUGAGGUCAUCUGUCCAUGUGCCACCUCUCCUGAGGCUCUGACUGUUGCCAUCCGCAGGCCUGGUGCUCGAGGAGCUCCGUUACCAGCGAGGGCCAUCCUGUCCAUGGGUGGGCUGAGCCACGGCGUGAUCAGAGUGAACACAGAAGACAAAAACUCUGCUCUCACUGUACAGGAUGUGGGCCACAUCAUGCCUGGAGCUCUGAUGUGCAUUGUGAAACCAGACGGACCUCCUCAGCUGUGUAAAACCGAUGAAAUAGGUGAAAUCGUGAUCAACUCUCGGGCCGGAGGCACCAUGUAUUAUGGUCUGCCGGGUGUCACUAAGAACACAUUUGAGGUGAUCCCUGUCAACCAAGCUGGAGCACCUAUAGGAGAAAUUCCCUUCACUCGUACUGGUCUUCUUGGAUUUGUAGGACCGGGAAGUCUGGUGUUUGUUGUGGGGAAGAAUGAAGGGCUGCUGAUGGUGAGCGGACGCCGCCACAACGCUGAUGACCUGGUAGCCACGGCGCUGGCUGUGGAGCCGGUUAAAACGGUUUACAGGGGACGGAUCGCUGUGUUUUCAGUGACAGUGUUUUAUGAUGAGAGGAUUGUGAUCGUGGCCGAGCAGAGACCUGAUGCCAGUGAGGAGGACAGCUUCCAGUGGAUGAGUCGAGUAUUACAGGCCAUCGACAGUAUCCACCAGGUCGGCCUUUACUGCCUUGCACUCGUCCCAGCCAACACUCUGCCAAAGACGCCCCUCGGAGGCAUCCAUAUCUGUGAAACCAAGCAGAACUUUUUGGAGGGAAACCUGCACCCCUGCAACAUCCUCAUGUGCCCACACACCUGUGUUACCAACCUGCCCAAACCACGACAGAAACAGCCAGUGGACGUCGGUCCGGCUUCUAUGCUCGUCGGUAAUUUGGUGGCAGGGAAACGGAUCGCUCAGGCUACCGGCAGAGAACUGGGCGUGGUGGAGGACCAGGACCUGAUCCGAAAGCACCAGUUUCUGUCUGAAGCCCUGCAGUGGAGAGCUCAAACCGACCCGGACCAUGUUCUAUAUGUGCUUCUCAAUGCCAAGGGGGUGGCAGUGUGCACAGCCACGUGUGCUCAGUUGCACAAGAGAGCAGAGAAAAUCACAGCCACUCUGAUGGAGAGAGGAGGCCUCAAUACAGGAGACAACGUGGUGCUGCUUUAUCCCCCAGGUAUCGACCUGAUUGCUGCCUUCUAUGGCUGUCUCUAUGCGGGGGUCAUCCCUGUGACGGUGAGGCCGCCCCAUCCACAGAACCUGGCUGCUACUCUCCCCACUGUGCGAAUGAUCAUCGAUGUGAGCAAAGCAGCUUGCAUCCUCACUACUCAGCCUCUCAUGAGGAUCCUCAGGUCCAGGGAGGCUGCCGCCAGCGUCAACGUCAAGACGUGGCCCACGAUUAUCGACACAGAUGAUCUCCCCAGGAAGCGGCCUCCACACAUUUAUAAACCCCCCACAGCCGAGAUGCUGGCCUAUCUGGACUUCAGUGUGUCCACCACAGGCAUGUUGACUGGAGUCAAGAUGUCCCACGCUGCAGUCAGUACUCUAUGCCGCUCCAUUAAGCUGCAGUGUGAGCUCUACUCCUCUCGCCAAAUAGCCAUCUGCCUUGACCCAUACUGCGGCCUGGGCUUCGUCCUGUGGUGCCUCUCCAGCGUUUACUCAGGUCACCAGUCCAUCCUUAUUCCUCCGCUGGAGCUGGAGUGCUCGCUGCCGCUGUGGCUGAGCACGCUCAGUCAGUACAAGAUCAGAGACACCUUCUGCUCCUACUCUGUCAUGGAGCUCUGCACCAAAGGACUGGGGACUCAGACAGAGAUAUUAAAGGCGCGAGGUGUGAAUCUGUCGUGCGUGCGGAGCUGUGUGGUUAUAGCCGAGGAGCGGCCUCGCCUCGCCCUCACUAUGUCCUUCUCCAAGCUCUUCAAAGACCUCGGUCUGUCAUCGCGGGCCGUCAGCACUGCCUUUGGCUCCAGAGUCAACCUGGCCAUCUGUUUGCAGGGCACUGCUGGACCAGAUCCCUCCACGGUCUAUGUUGAUAUGAAGUCUUUACGCCAUGACAGGGUUCGACUGGUGGAGCGAGGGGCGCCACAGAGUCUUCCACUCAUGGAAUCAGGGACAAUCCUGCCAGGAGUCAGGGUCAUUAUCGUGAACCCCGAGACCAGAGGCCCCCUGGGAGAUUCACAUCUGGGGGAGAUCUGGGUGAACAGCCCUCACAGUGCCAGCGGGUACUACACCAUCUACGGCGAGGAGAGCCUGCAAGCCGACCACUUCAACACCAGACUGAGCUUUGGGGAGCCGCACACCCUAUGGGCCAGGACGGGAUACCUGGGCUUCAUCAAGAGGACGGAGCUUCUGGACGCAAGUGGAGAUCGUCAUGAUGCCUUGUUUGUGGUUGGUUCUCUUGAUGAAACACUGGAGCUGAGGGGGUUGCGUUAUCACCCCAUUGACAUUGAGACGUCAGUGUCCCGAGCACACCGCAGCAUUGCAGAGAGUGCUGUGUUUACAUGGACCAACCUACUGGUGGUGGUGGCGGAGCUGAGCGGCUCGGAGCAGGAGGCCCUGGACCUGGUGCCCCUCGUCACCAACGUGGUCCUGGAGGAGCACCACCUGAUCGUCGGGGUGGUGGUCAUCGUGGACCCUGGGGUGAUUCCCAUCAACUCCAGAGGAGAGAAGCAGAGGAUGCACCUGCGAGACUCCUUCCUGGCAGACCAACUGGACCCCAUCUACGUGGCCUACAACAUGUGAACGCCCCCCGAGCGACAGAGGAGAAAACUGAGCCAGGCUAAUGAGGGAGAAAGACUAGGAGGAGGGUGGCGGUGGUACGGUAGCAGCCCCCGAUGUUUAACCUCAGACACACAUUCGACUCGCCGAACAUCUGGGAAUGUGAGCGCCGUACGAGUGUUGUAGUAGGAACGUGCUUCCCUCUCAGAAACUGUUGCUUCCACCUGCUCGAAAACUGCGGUCCAGAUUCUUACUGGGGUGGGGGUUUCUCUCCUCUUGACAGCUCAGAUGCAUCUGUCAACUGAUGGAAAUCUAUCAUCAUCACCCCCCCAUCUCCUAUUGUUUUUAUCCAAGACAUAUAGAACAUAGAAUGAUGCCCUCAUUUCAUUCCUGAACCAUUCAUCCCUGUGUUUUGCUUUUAUUUUGUUUUUACCUUCACCUCUGAGUCUUGAAGGCAGGAUGUCACACUGGAACUGCUGAGAGGAGCUGGAACUUUCCCCUCUUGCACUUUGAAGUCCUCGCACCUCAUGAGUCCACUUCCUGGCCCGCCUGCCUUGAGGGGACACCCCUUUUCACCAGAGCAAACCCAGUCAGUAUCAGUCCAGUCAGUAUUAACGCACGCCACCAGCGAGUGCAGCCUUUCCCGACACCAUGAGCUGUGGCGUCCACCCACCACCGUCACGUACCGCACACACUGCUGCUGUCGGCGCUCACACGUCACACACGGUCAAAGUGAAAAAUCCUCACUCCAUCCUGGGUCGUACAGAUGAGCUUUAACAGGCAGAUUCUUCAUUUUUCAGUGUGAGUAGGAGUCGGUCCUUUAGAUUGUAAUGAUUGUAAUAGUGCUCAUUAAUGUUUGAGGCGCUGUUGUUCAGAGUGCUGUGUCUGAAAUCACUCAUUUUUUAGUUUAUGAUGUGUAUAUAUAUAUAUAUAUAUAUAUAUACACAUACAUGCUACUUCUGCUGCUACUAUUUAUGUGUCUAAAGCACCAUAAGACAAACAGCAGAUAAAUAAUGAAAACUUCCUACUGGGGGUUCCUAGAGCCGCAACAAUUAAUCAGUACAAAAAAAUGUCUUUGUGAUGAUAGAAUGAUGCAGAUAUGCCUGUCAGUGAAACCUCCCAUCAUUGAUUCUAUUUAUUGGUCUGAUUCUGAUAUUUUUGGGGCUUUUUCACAAGAGACCUGGGCUGGGAAUCAAACCCAGGUCACUGCAAUUGGUCUGAUUCUUCAUCAAGUCCCUUAUUGAUUCCUGAUCAGUCAAUUUUCUGUGUGAAAGGGGAAAUAGAAGAAAUAUAUUCUGAAAUGUCAGGCCAUGUUAAAAGAUGUAAAACACUGGUGUUUCAACCAAGUAACAAGAACUGUAUUGUUUUCUUUUUUCCUUUUGCAACAGAGCUCCUUUUCCACCAUAGUACAUAACUUUUAUAUAUAUUUUAAAGAUCAUUUUUUCCACAGUGUGCAGAUAGACAGGGAAGGUAGGAGGCAUGCAACCAGGAUCAAAUCUGCACCUAUGUGGUACAUGAUUCCACCAGGUGAGUCUCCAGGGUGUCCAUAACAACGUCUAUUUGUAAGAAGUGGGACCUGGAGAGUUCCCUCUUUGCCUCAGUAAUGUAGUUUUAACUCUACUUAAGAGUGUAAGUCAAAGAGUACAGAAGCAAACAGGUGAAACUGGUGCGUUUUAACAACAACUUUGAGUUUAAAAUGAUGGAAAUAGAGAAAGAAAGAAUUAGAUUUCAUUUCUCAUAAUUCAUGUUGUUGACCAUAUCAGAGAGUGUAGAAAUAGGGGAAGACUGAAGGAAAAAAAAAAAAUUAUGGUGCUUUUUGAGAACCUCUUUCAGUCCAGCCAUGGUAGAAAACUAGCUCUGUUGCUUUUGUUAAAAUUAUCAGUAUAAGUUAUUCUUGUCGACAUCAGCAACACCUAUCAUUCUGACUCCAAAUCUUAGUUUUUUAAACACCGCUGUCAUCUUUGGUUGGAAAAUGAAGCAUCUUCCACUGAACCUCCUCCUUUCAAUAGCCUUGGAUUGGAAGUGAUUUCAGACACAGCCUCAGUCGACAAAAACAACACAACCUGUAAGCAGCGCUGACAUAUUUAAGCUAGACAGUUAACGGUUCAGGUCCACCAUCGCUGGUUUUUGGUCAUUUCUCACAUAUCAGAGUGUCUUUACAGACUCAGUGGUUUAUCCAUUAGUGCUAAAUCACCACUGAGUAGUAGGAAGUGUAACCAUCUGCGUACGCCUCCCGUCAACCGAUAAAAUAUAGAAUAUAGGUGAAAGCCCAAGAACAAACAAACAAACAAACAAGUAAGUAGAGUUUUAGAGUUUCACAGGAUCAUUCAGCGUAUCCUGGCUUCAGUAGAAACGAGCCACUAGCUUUCAGUCUGUGUAUUUUCCUCAUGUUGAAGCAGAGAACGUCUUUCACAUAGCAUCAUCUCAGUGGAUUAAUGAUCAUCAGAAGGCAGGUCAGUGCCUUUUAUGCUGCACCAUCGUGACAUUUAUGAUAAUGGGACUGUUGAAUUUCUAAAAAAAAAACAACAAAAAAAUAAAUAACACAAAGAGGACAGAAUUUUUGCCUUACUAAAACCUGUGGAGCUUCACUACUUUCACUUUGAAUUCCUCAGUUUUGGCUGUAGUCGUAGUCGGAUUAAAAAAACGAUUCCGGUGGUUUUUAUACGUGGAAUCAGAGCCAGUUUCAGUUCACGCUCAUAUCACAUAUUUUUUUUAUUUUAUUAAGGGGAAAUGAAGGGGGGUGGGUGGGGAGGUGUCUUGUUCUUUUAUUUGCGGUCAUGCCUUUUUGUCAUUUCAUCACCGCCAUUUGGAUUCUUCCUGAAUGUCUGUAACACUGAAAAUAAUCAAAUUAGAAAUGAACAACAAUCAGUCGUGAGCAGCAAGUGUGUUUUUAAAAAAACAGCAGAAUCCUCCUUUACAAGAAAAAAAAAAAAAACAGGGGAGGGUAAUAAAUGAGGGUAAGGAUGUCGUCUGUAUACUGUAUUUUAGAGGUCAAAUACUGUAUUACUGGUGUUAAUGUGUACAUGGAGAUGUUGAUAAAACUUGACUGAUCUUUCAUACUUGACAGCAUUUUUCUGCAUUUGUUAAUUUAAUGGUAUCUCAUAACAAAAGAAAGAAUAAGGUUUCAGUUUAUUUUGGCAGGAACAAUGUGCACUUUCCCAAUAUCAUUUUAAAUGUGUUGUGUGUGAAUGAGAGAGUGUGUGUGUCCACUUUAACGGUCAUAUUUGGCUUUUCUGGUGCAACAAGGUUUGUCUUUUUGUAAGAAAAUAAUCCCAGAGUUCUUUUUUUUUAAUGUCGCCUCCACUGUAUUUUAAUUCUUUCCAUCCAAAAUUGGAAGUUAAUAUAUUUUCUAAGGGGUUUCAUCAAUAUUUCCUGAUGUAAUCUUUGUUUUUACUGAACAUCUUCUGCAAACGGCUGGUUUAAUAAUAAUGAAUCCGACGCGUUAAUAAACCACUUUUCAUUCAGACACUGGUGACAUGUACAGUAACAGUAUGCGAGCCAGUAUUUUUAAUCUUUUGGUUGAAAAUCACUCACAAAUGACAAAGUGAAGCUUUUCUGAGCUACUGUGUGAUAAAUGCUUUGUUGCUACUGUUUCACUCCGACAAGUUUUAAUAAAGUUUUAUAAUUUCAUGUUGGCCUUCAAGCCUUUUCAAUAGACAUUGGUGCUAUUCUACAUAAGGGAAAGUGUGUCCUCCAAUGUCAUUACAAAGGUUUCUUCCUGGAUGCCCUUGUUGUGUGGUCUGUCUUUUUCCACGCCACUUUUUUCUUCAGAUAUCUCGACCCACUGCUCGUUUUAAUUGCUCGUCAUAGCCAGUCCUGGUGAGGAAAAAAAAA